AUGUCGGCUGCCUUGCAGAAUUCACGGAAUCGGAAUCGCAGCAGACAGCCCCAGCCAGUUUCGGGAAGGGGAGGUUACCCAAGUUACAAGAGAGAGUUGUCAGACCCUGAGCCCUCCAACUCCUCUCCUCUCCGGGGGCUCUAUGGGGAUCCUCGCACAGCUAUGGUGAUGUGCAGUUUCAUGGGCACACGGACAUCGGUGAAGACAAGAAAUGGCAGUACAUUUAAGGGCCACACUGUAGGAUUUUCAGACCAGGGAGAUAUUGCAAUGAGUGAUGCCAAGCUGGAAGAGGAUGACAACUCCCCGAACCAAUGCCUGCCAGGUCUCAUCAUACCCAGGGAGAACUUUGUUGUCUGUAAAACCAACGGUGUCGACCUCAAGGGCCUGUGCAGCUCUGCAGAAUUCACAGAUUCAGCAAUUGCUAACCGAACCAAUGGCAGCAGUGACGCUUCCUUGAGGGAGCUACAACCAUGGCAGGAUGAUGAUGCUCCAGAUGAACAACCUUCUCUGUCCCUGGAUGAUCCUGUUAUCGGCUGGGACUCUCAUUCUAUGUUUCAAGCCAACCGAGAGAAGUUUAACGUAAAGUCCACGUACAGUGAGGACUUGCUUGAGUAUACAACAAAACUGCCCGACCCUGGAUCUGAAGGCUAUGAAGAACUGCAGAAGUUUGCACAGGAACAAGCGGAUGAAAUCGAGCGCAGUGACACUUACCAGAACAGAAUAGCCAAGGAGCUGGCUGAUGGGGACGAGGAGCUGAGGUAUUCGGCAGUCCAUCGGGGAGCUGAUGCUGCCUUGUCCCACAGACCACAGGAGGUCAACGCCAACAGUGGGAAACAUGUCUAUACAAUCCCAGCUUUAAGAGGAGACAGCGAUCAGGCAAUAAAAAAUGGCACGCUAAAGGGACAGGGAAGGGGUGCACGUCACAGUUCAUCUUACUUCUCCUCGUCCAGCCACCCCCAGCAGCCUCCACACUUGCAUCACCAGAAUCUACAACAGUCCGCCCGGCAAAUGAAUAACCAUUAUCAGGGCCCUCCGCCGUCGGGGGGCCUUUUGGGCCGAAGUCAUGGGCCUGCAUCUGUACAGUCGAGACACCAGGGGCCACAGAACCACUCUCCUGCCCCUCAGCCACAUCAUCAGCAGCAUCAUCAUCCACAACAGUAUCAGCAACAGCCUCCACCACCACCACCAACUCAUCCGGGAAUGCACCAGCAUCAUCCUCAUCAUCUUUCUCAGCUGCAACAGCAGCCACCGCUGCAUCAUCACCAUCAUCAUCCGCGACCUCCCCCGCAACAGCUGGUGCUGACCAGCAGCCCACAUUCGGGCAAAUCGCAUCCGCAGGCUGUGCCGACAAAUUUGUCGCCACCUUCCCUGCCGCCGCAGCAGCAGCAGCCUCUGACCACAAUACAGCAUCCUCCGACCCCCACACAGUAUCCUCCGACCCCCACACAGAAUCCUCUGACCCCAGCACAACAUCCACCUCCACAGAAGAUGACCCCGCCACAGUUACAAGCUCCUUUUCAACAACCUCAGCUGCCUAAUGUUGUUAAAGUUGGCACCAUUAACGAAAGCAAGAAUGGAGUGGAAGUCAUCAGCCAGAAGGUAGUUCAGAUGGAAGUCAACCAGCAGGUGUUCCACCAGAAGCCACCGCCGCCACCACUACAGCCUGUCGUCGCGGCCACCACCAGUGCAGGUCCGAAGGUGUCCGAAGCACACCUGUCAGCCUCCUCAUCCUCCAGCUCCCUCGCUGACGUCCAGCAGAUGGGACAGUCCGGCCCAGGGGUGACGUCACCACCGACGGUGCUGGUACCUGACAGGAGAGUUGGUCAAGGUAUGGAUGCCAACGAACGGAACAAAAUAGGACAGUCACUGCAUGAUUUCAAGCGCAAUUUUGUGUUGGAGUCUAAUGGCGCCGGUUGUCAAGAUUCUGUCCGUCUGACAGACACUGCAGACAGCACGCCGGUGUCAUCAACACCAGCCUCUUCCAGUGUGGCAACAACUCCAGUCAGCGCUGCUCCCGAACUGGUGAACCAGCUGGCAGAGCAAGUAGCAGACGUGACGCUCAGUCAUGGAGAAGAGUUGCAGCUAACACCGAAAUCCACAUUGAACCCUAAUGCAAAAGAGUUUAAGCCAAAAUCACAGUCAGCUCCCAUGGAGGCUCAGUCUCCAUCUCCUCAGCCUCGAACCUCACCUCACAUGCCUCAGAUGCUACCCUAUCCACAGCAAGUGGUUCUGAUGCCUUACCAUUACAGCAUGCCAGGUCCGCUGAAUCCACAGAGAAAGAGAGGCAAGUACAUUGAAUCCACAGUUUCUCUGGGAGCUGGCGUGGUCAGUGACCUGGCAGCACAUCAGGUAACUGGGCAGCCCUUGCUGGCAACACAACCUGCCGGUAUGAUGUACAUACACACACCUGGCCAGCCGAUCCCUGCAGGCUAUCAGAUAAUUAACCCACGAAUGGUUGCUCCCGGCUCGUUGACUAUGGCACAAGCUAGCCAAAUGGCGGGACUGGAUCAGGCCGGACAGAAUCAGCCGCAGCCAGUUUUUA